AGCCUCUUCUUACUCCUCCUUUUUGCCUCGCCGUUUCCUCAGAAACACAGAGAGAGAGAGAGACAGAGAGCGAAGAUGAAGUACAACCCGAGAGUGUCAAGCUCCAGGAGGAAGAACAGGAAGGCGCACUUCACAGCGCCGUCGAGCGUUCGUCGCGUGCUGAUGAGCGCGCCGCUCUCGGGCGAUCUGCGCGGCAAGUACAACGUGCGGUCGAUGCCGGUGCGCAAGGACGACGAGGUCCAGGUGGUGCGUGGAACCUACAAGGGUCGCGAGGGCAAGGUCGUCCAGGUGUACCGCCGCAAGUGGGUUAUCCACAUCGAGCGGAUCACCCGCGAGAAGGUCAAUGGAUCCACCGUCAACGUGGGCAUCAACCCCUCCAAGGUGGUCAUAACCAAGCUCCGGCUCGACAAGGACCGCAAGUCCCUGCUCGACCGCAAGGCCAAGGGACGCGCCGCCGCCGAUAAGGAUAAAGGCUCCAAGUUCACCGCCGAGGAUAUCAUGCAGACUGUUGAUUAAGUCGGUGAAACGCUUUUAUUGGGUCUUUUUUUCAUUUAUAGUAUUUUCUUUGUUUAGCGUCAUUGGCCGUACUAAGAGGAGAAGCAUUUUGAAAUGCUAUUUCUUGGAUCUGAAUAUUUUAAGGGCUUUAUGAGACCUGGUUUUGUUUUUUUAAUGAAUGCUAUGUUUCUCAGUUUUCUGGUAAUAACUUAUCUUUUUGGGUUGGCUUA